CGGCGGAUCGGGCGGAGAGAAGCCGGAACCGGGCCGCCGCCGCGGCGAGAGGCCGGCGCAGACCCCUGCGUGGCGGCCACAAGGGCGGACCGAGACCUGUGCGGGUCCAAGCGCCGGGCUGGAGAGUGGCAGGGGCGCACACCCGACGAGCGGCGCACGGCCACGUAACACGCUCACACGUCCGCACCCUCGCUAACACCACGCGAACCGCCGGUGCCCUAAGACGCUAGGAAGCAGAACCCGGGCCGAAGCCACCUCAGCCGGGCCUAACUCAGACAUGGACAGUUGCUACGACCCAGGCCUGGAUGGCCUCGCUGAGUAUGACGAUUUCAAAUUCAGCCCCUCCAUUGUGGAGCCCAAGGAGCCGACCCUAGAGACAGCUGAUGGCCCCUACCUGGUGAUUGUGGAGCAGCCUAAGCAGCGAGGCUUCCGAUUUCGGUAUGGCUGCGAAGGCCCCUCCCACGGAGGCCUGCCGGGCGCCUCCAGUGAGAAGGGCCGGAAAACCUAUCCCACUGUCAAGAUCUGUAACUACGAGGGACCGGCCAAGAUCGAGGUGGACCUGGUAACACACAGUGACCCGCCACGCGCUCAUGCCCACAGCCUUGUGGGCAAGCAGUGCUCGGAGCUGGGGGUCUGCGCCGUGUCUGUGGGGCCCAAGGACAUGACGGCCCAGUUUAACAACCUGGGCGUGCUGCAUGUGACCAAGAAGAACAUGAUGGAGAUUAUGAUACAGAAACUUCAGAGGCAGCGGCUCCGUUCCAGGCCCCAGGGCCUUACAGAGGCGGAGCGGCGGGAGCUGGAGCAGGAGGCCAAGGAGCUGAAAAAGGUCAUGGACCUGAGCAUCGUGCGGCUGCGCUUCUCUGCCUUCCUGCGGGCCAGCGAUGGCUCCUUCUCCCUGCCCCUGAAGCCAGUCAUCUCCCAGCCCAUCCACGACAGCAAGUCUCCGGGAGCGUCCAACCUGAAGAUUUCUCGAAUGGACAAGACAGCAGGUUCCGUGCGGGGUGGAGAUGAAGUUUACCUGCUUUGCGACAAGGUUCAGAAGGAUGACAUUGAGGUGCGCUUCUACGAGGACGACGAGAACGGAUGGCAGGCCUUCGGGGACUUCUCUCCCACCGACGUUCACAAGCAGUAUGCCAUCGUGUUCCGGACACCCCCCUAUCACAAGAUGAAGAUUGAGCGCCCGGUGACGGUGUUCCUGCAAUUGAAACGCAAGCGUGGCGGAGAUGUCUCGGACUCGAAGCAGUUCACCUAUUACCCGCUGGUGGAAGACAAGGAGGAGGUGCAGCGGAAGCGGAGAAAGGCCUUGCCCACCUUCUCCCAGCCCUUCGGGGGCGGCUCCCACAUGGGCGGAGGCGCCGGGGGCUCGGCCGGGGGCUACGGAGGAGCUGGCGGAGGCGGUGGCGGCCUCGGCUUCUUCCCCUCCUCCCUGGCCUACAGCCCCUACGCGGCGGGCGCGGCCCCGCGAGGCGCGCGCGCUGCUGGACUACGGCGUCACGGCCGAUCCGCGCGCGCUGCUCGCGGGACAGCGCCACCUGCUGACGGCGCGGGACGAGAACGGGGACACACCCCUGCACCUGGCCAUCAUCCACGGACAGACCGCGGUCAUUGAGCAGAUAGCCCACAUCAUCUACCACGCGCAGCAUCUCGGCGUCGCCAAUCUCACCAAUCACCUGCACCAGACGCCCCUGCAUCUGGCCGUGAUCACGGGACAGACCCGGGUGGUGAGCUUCCUGCUGCAGGUGGGGGCGGACCCAGCUCUCCUGGACCGGCAUGGGGACUCGGCCAUGCACCUGGCACUGCGGGCAGGUGUGGGGGCCCCAGAUCUACUGCGUGCACUGCUGCAGAGUGGGGCUGCAGCUGUGCCCCAGCUGUUGCACAUGCCGGACUUUGAGGGACUGUACCCAGUGCACCUGGCAGUUCGCGCCCGCAGCCCUGAGUGCCUGGACCUGCUGGUGGACAGCGGGGCGGAAGUGGAGGCUGCUGAGCGGCAGGGUGGCCGAACAGCCCUGCACCUUGCCACAGAGAUGGAGGAGCUGGGGUUGGUCACCCAUCUGGUCACCAAGCUGCACGCCAACGUGAAUGCCCGGACCUUUGCUGGAAACACACCCCUACACCUGGCAGCUGGACUGGGCUCCCCAACCCUCACGCGCCUCCUCCUAAAGGCUGGAGCUGACAUCCAUGCAGAGAACGAGGAGCCCCUGUGCCCACUGCCCUCACCCCCCACCUCUGGGAGUGACUCCGACUCUGAGGGUCCUGAGGGGGACAGCAGAGGCAGCUUCCGUGGCCACACGCCACUUGACCUCACUCGAAGCACUAAGGUGAAGACCUUGCUGCUCAGUGCUGCUCAGAACUCCGUGGAGCCCCCGCCCACCCCACCCAGCCCUGCAGGGCCAGGGCUGUCCCUGGGCGAGACCACCCUACAAAACCUGGAGCAGCUGCUAGAUGGGCCAGAAGCCCAGGGCAGCUGGGCGGAGCUGGCAGAGCGACUGGGGCUGCGCAGUCUGGUGGACACGUACCGGAAGACCCCCUCACCCAGCGGCAGCCUCCUGCGCAGCUACAAGCUGGCUGGUGGGGACUUGGCGGGUCUGCUGGACGCGCUGUCUGACAUGGGUCUAGAUGAGGGGGUGAGACUGCUGAGAGGUCCCGAGACUCAAGACAAACUUCCCAGCACAGCUGAAGUGAAGGAAGACAGUGCCUACGGGAGCCAGUCCGUGGAGCAGGAGGCAGAGACACUGGGCCCACUCCCUGAGCCCCCCGGAGGCCUCUGCCACGGGCACCCUCAGCCUCAGGUGCACUGAGCUGUGCCCACCCCCAGCCCUCCUCCCGGACCCCUCUGUACAGCAUCCCCACCCACUCCAAGUUUUAUUUAACGCCCAAUGCCCACAUCUCAGCUGGGCAAAUAAAGGUUUCUUGAAAAGGGGAGGACCCUCGACAACUUCUGA